CAAUACACAUGCGGUGGCCGCAAAUGCAGGAAGCACAGCUCUAUCAUCAGACAGUGGAAACACAACCACAACAUGCAGGGCUGAAGCUGUUCGUUCACUGAAGGACAACUCUACUGACCAAUAGUUGUUGUUUUUACAGAUGAGAAGGAGAGAGAAGAAACACUUACUGUCUGAGACCUGAGAAGAAAGGAAAGGAGAAGAGGAUAUAGUAAAUGAGAGAUACUUUACUGCUUUCUCUGAGACCUGAGGACAAGAGAAGAGAGGAGAUGAUAUAGUAAAAGAGAGAUACUUUACUCCUUUCUCUGAGACCUGAGGACAAGAGAAGAGAGGACACAAGAAGAGACAGUAUUUUUGUGUUAUGAUUUUAGUCUCUGAUGGAGGAUGUUCUUCAGUGAUGCAGAUGUAACAGCCUGUGAGUGAGGACAUGCAAUUCUACUACGUAUACGUGGGUGACCAUACGUGGGCGACCAUGUUGGGCCAGAGUGUCCGUUUGCAGCCAGUGCCCAUCCAGAGCCUGUCUGAGCUGGAGAGAGCCCGGCUGCAGGAUGUGGCCUGCUACCAUCUGGAGAAGAGGGAUCUGGACUUCAACAUCAGCAUCCCCAGAGAAAUCCGCAAGAGGAGGAAAUCACUCAGACGGAAGUUUGACUCCUCCAAAGACAAGAAGGAGAAAGAACGAGAGACAGCCGCCAAGGCGUUUGGUAUAACCCUCUCCCAGGCGAUAGCCAACGACCGUGCGUACAAGCAGCGCCAGGAUGCUCUGAAGGAGAGCAGAAGAGACUGUCUGGAUCUGGAGGCCAGCGUCCUGAUGUUCCGGGCUGAAAAACGCCAGCUUAGCGACGGGAACAAACCCCUCUGCAGCACGGCUUCAUCACCCUUCAGUGGAUCUACAGCUUCGUCUUCAUCAACCUCGUCAGUGCUGGAGCUGCACAGCAAGCCUCUCUCACCCAGGUUCCUGGAUAACACGUCCAGAGUGCAGAGACGGGGUGGCCUAUCAGUGGACUGCAUCUCAGAUCUUGUAGAGAGUCAGUCCCGCCUGUUGGAGGCGCUGCAGCUGUCCCACCCUGCAGAGCUGGAGCUGAAGAAGACUGCAGCCGGAGGCGGGGGGCGGACCCAGACCAAGCUCAGCCUCAACCCCAUCUAUAAACAGGUCCCCCGCGUGGUGGAACGCUGCUGCUGUCACAUAGAGAGACACGGACUACAAACUGUGGGGAUCUUUCGUGUUGGCAGCUCCAUAAAGAGAGUUCGGCAGCUGCGUGAGGACUUUGACAUGGGGACAGAUGUGUGUCUGGAAGAGGAGGCCAGUGUCCAUGACGUAGCAGCCCUGCUGAAGGAGUUCCUCAGAGACAUGCCUGACCCUCUACUGCCUAGAGAGCUCUACUCUGCCUUCCUCCACGCCAACCUUCUGCAAGGGACAGACCAGUUCCUGUACCUCCAGCUGCUCCUCUACCUGUUACCGGCCUGUAACUGUGAUACCCUGCUCCGCCUCCUCACCCUGUUACACACCGUACAGAGCCACGCACAGGACACUACAGGACCACAGGACAACACAGGACCACAGGACACAACAGGACCACAGGACCAGGUGUUUCUAGGCAACAAGAUGACAGCAACUAACCUGGCGGUGAUAUUUGGUCCCAACCUGUUGCAGGGGGAGAGGGGUGGAGGGGACAGGGAGAUGAGUCCUCAUGCCAUGGACAUCGAGGACAGCGCCGCCAUCAUCAACGUCACCUUGCAACUUAUACAGAACUAUAAGCGACUAUUCACGGUGUCAGCAGAGCUCCAACAGGAGGUGCUGAUGAGUCUCAUUCAGACAGAUCCUGACAUCAUCGACUAUCUUCUCCGCAGGAAACUCAGUCACCUGGCGGUGGGGACAGUAGAUUCUACAGGGAGUCGGCGGGACACGGGGGUGUCUCUAGACUCUGUGGGGUCAUUCAGUGAUAGCCUGUCACCCCUGGAGACCCCCUCGCCACUCUUCAACUUGUCCCCCUUGGAGCCCCCCUCUCCCCUCUUCAACCCUGACGGGCCCGGGGAUGGCAGCCUGACCAGUGAGGUGUUCUUUAACCUGGAGUUGCUACGACACCACAACAACAAGAAACGCUCCAACGUGAUCCUGUCCAAGUCCAUCGGCCAGAUGAGACAGUUCCACUCCAACCACAACCUCCUGAGUCUGUCCCAGUCCUCUAGCAGCUCCAGAGUCCACCCAGAGGACAGAUACCAUGCCCAGGAACAGAGGGCUCCGCUGGGGGAAGAUCUGAGCUUCACCCUGGGGGCUGCCUCAUGCUCCAGCCUAGGAGGACAGGGGGAUAACAGUGUCUGGGUGAGGCAGACACCCCAGGAGGAGAGAGAGAAACAGGUGGCUAACAGUGUCUGGGUGAGGCAGGCGCCACAGGAGGAGAGAGAGAAACAGGUGGCUAACAGUGUCUGGGUGAGGCAGGCGCCACAGGAGGAGAGAGAGAAGCCAUCUCCAAGUCAUUCCAGUUAUUUCUGGGACUUCUUCACAGGGAAGAGCUCGGGGUCAGAGACCAUGGUAUGAUAGGACACGACACUGGGGGGUGUGGUGGAGGGGUGAGUGCAUUCCAGGGGCGGAUUGGGACUAGAAAUCGUUGGAGCAGCCCACCGGGCUGAUGGAAGGUGGCUGAACCAUGGACUCUAUGGGGGCGUCCAGUGGCGUCCUGUCACCUGACCAUGAGAGAGAGGGUAUAUACACGUGUCAGACAAGCACAACCCAAACAUACUAAACACACUGUUUAAAUACUAACACUGCUUGGGACUAACAUUACCAAGGAAUUUUAUAUAUAUUUUUUUACUAUUGUUCCUAUAUCUCCUCUGGACUCCGAGUGAUGCGGCUGGAGACUAUGUCAUGGUACACUAUCCCUUAUCACAGUACAGCUUUUUACUCAGCUCAUUAAUUAAGUUUGAAACAUUGGUUACAAUGAUGUGGGGGGGGGGGGUUAUAUCACUUCUUUGCUUCGGCUUCUGAUGCAAAAAAAAACAAGAAAUUGGGGCCUCUUCUUUCUAUUCCACAAGAGGGCAAACUUUACCACACCUCAUAUAGACAUCAUCUGACUGCUGCGAACUGGACCUAUUACCCCACUUCACACGACGAUUUGAAUUAACUACCAGGGACAAUAUGGCCGUAGAUAUGUUCUACAACUAAAGACAUUAGUUAAAUAAAGGUUACAUUUAAAAAAUAUUUUAAAAAGACAUACCUAAAGAUUCUGGGAAUGCUGUGUACUGUACAGACCUCCCUGAAGAUGGAGAGAGAAUGCUGUGUACAGACCUGCCUAUAGAUGGAGAGAGAAUGUUGUGUACAGACCUGCCUAUAGAUGGAGAGAGAAUGCUGUGUACAGACCUGCCUAUAGAUGGAGAGAGAAUGCUGUGUACAGACCUGCCUAUAGAUGGAGAGAGAAUGCUGUGUACAGACCUACCUGAAGAUGGAGAGAGAAUGCUGUGUACAGACCUACCUGAAGAUUGAGAGAGAAUGCUGUGUACAGACCUACCUGAAGAUGGAGAGAGAAUGCUGUGUACAGACCUACCUGAAGAUGGAGAGAGAAUGUUGUGUACAGACCUACAGUUGAAGUCAGAAGUUUACAUACACCUUAGCCAAAUACAUUUAAACUCAGUAUUUCACAAUUCCUGACAUUAAAUUCUAGUAAAAAGUCCGUGUCUUAGGUCAGUUAGAAUCACCACUUUAUUUUAAGAAUGUGAAAUGUCAGAAUAAUAGUAGAGAGAAUAAUUUAUUUCAGCUUUUAUUUCUUUAAUCACAUUCCCAGUGGGUGAGAAGUUUACAUACACUCAAUUAGUAUUUGGUAGCAUUGCCUUUAAAUUGAUUAACUUGGGUCAAACGUUUCGGGUAGCCUUCCACAAGCUUCCCACAAUAAAUUGCGUGAAUUGUGGCCCAUUCCCCCUGACAGAGCUGGUGUAACUGAGUCAGGUUUGUAGGCCUCCUUGCUCGCACAAGCUUUUUCAGUUCUGCCCACAAAUUUUCUAUGGGAUUGAGGUCAGGGCUUUGUGAUGGCCACUCCAAUACCUUGACUUUGUUGUCCUUCAGCCAUUUUGCCACAACUUUGGAAGUGUGCUUGGGGUCAUUGUCCAUUUGGAAGACCUAUUUUCGACCAAGCUUUAACUUCCUGACUGAUGUCUUGAGAUGUUGCUUCAAUAUAUCCAUAUAAUUUUCCUCCUCAUGAAGCCAACUAUUUUGUGAAGUGCACCAGUCCCUCCUGCAGCAAAGCACCCCCACAACAUGAUGCUGCCACCCCAACGCUUCACGGUUGGGAUGGUGUUCUUCAGCUUGCAAGCCUCCCCUUUUUCCACCAAACAUAACGAUGGUCAUUAUGAUCAAACAGUUCUAUUUUUGUUUCAUCAGAACAGAGGACAUUUCUCCAAAAAGUACGAUCUUUGUCCCAUGUUCAGUUGCAAACCGUAGUCUGGCUUUUUUAUGGCGGUUUUGGAGCAGUGGCUUCUUCCUUGCUGAGCGGCCUUUCAGGUUAUGUCGAUAUAGGACUCGUUUUACUGUGGAUAUAGAUGCUUUUGUACUCGGAGACAGAACACAUUUUCUUCCUCCUUCCUGAGCGGUAUGACGGCUGUGUGGUCCCAUGGUGUUUAUACUUGUUAAUCUGUACAGACAAUAGUACACGUGGUACCUUAAGGUGUUUGGAAAUUGUUCCCAAGGAUGAACCAGACUUGUGGAGGUCUACAUAUUUUUCUCUGUGGUCUUGGCUGAUUUCUUUUGAUUUUCCCAUGAUGUCAAGCAAAGAGGCACCGAGUUUGAAGGUAGAUCUUGAAAUACAUCCACAGGUACACCUCCAAUUGACUCAAAUUAUGUCAAUUAGCCUAUCAGAAGCUUAUAAAGCCAUGACAUCAUUUGCUGGAAUUUUCCAAGCUGUUUAAAGGCACAGUCAACUUAGUGUAUGUAAACUUCUGACCCACUGGAAUUGUGAUACAGUGAAUUAUAGGUGAAAUAAUCUGUCUGUAUCAAAUGUUGGAAAAAUUACUUGUCAUGUACAAAGUAGAUGUCCUAACCGACUUGCCAAAACUAUAGUUUGUUAAAAUAUUUGUGGAGUGUUUUAAAAAUGAGUUUUAAUGACUCCAACCUAAGUGUAUGUAAACUUCAGACUUCAACUGUACCUGAAGAUUGAGAGAGAACUCCGUGUAUAGGCUACAAGAGACACACCUGUUAUAGCAACUUCUACUUUAUGAUAACCUCUUCCUUACCAUGUAAAUGUAGUAUUUUGUCACUUUUUAAAAUGUUUGUAUGCAUGUAUGUGUUCUUAUCACUAAGUUGUGUUGAAAUUAAACACAAUACUUGUUCCAUGAGGUACUUGCUAAAUGGAUAUUUAGAUCCUUCACCUUGGCAAUACUAUUCUAUACUUUAACAAGCGAGAGUCCCUCAAGGUGUAGCUAAACCUUGACGUUUGUCUAUUUUGUUUUGACAGUUGUAUCCUACAAGUAUUAAAAUGUACAAUUGUU